CCUCCCAGGGAGCACGCGAAGGAGGAUCGCGGAGCUUUUACCUCAGCGCUUUUACCUUAGCGCCGCCUCAGGCGGCUCUCCGGGCUGCGUGGGAUUCGCGGCCCCAGGGACGGUCCCGUGGGCCGGGCCAGCGCCCGUCGGGGUUCGCAGCGCCCCCACCUCCAGGUGCCUUCGCUCCCGAGUUCAGAGCAUUGUCACCCCGGGUGCCGGGCAACUCCAGCAGGCCGCAGCCCUCAGCGCCGCGGGACAGUGCUGACAGGACUCCAUGGGCUACUGUCGCUGGGAGCUGGCUUUUCCCGAGAACUGGUUUAUGUCGGAGGAGAUAAGAGCAGGCCAGUCUUUGAGGAAGAGAGGACUUCUUUGAGAGUUCAGCAGAGUCCUGGCAAUCUGUGUCUGGUAACAAUGUCAGCACCUCUCAACUACUCUACUGACUGAUGCUAGUCCUUCAAGAAGAUGGGAUCUCCCCUCAGAGCUCCAAAGGAAUUAUCAUACAUUUCCAUUAAAUCAGCUGAGAUUUUCCAGGUGCUUUCAGUGAUGCUGGGAGAUGACAACAAUUGCUGUCGGCUCAGCUCUGCCGCCGAAUAUCGCAGCUCAGGAACAGGUGCCCCCUACGGCGCUCUUGCAUGGCACCUACCUCAGCCUCUGCAAAAGGCUGCUUAUUUGCUUAUCCUUUCUGCACUACACCCGGCUUCACUGCCCUCCGUCUCCUGCCCCAGCUGACUGACCAGCCAGUUUUGUACCUGGGCUAUAGAUAAUUUUGUGGACUGCAGCCUCAGAGCCGCAUGCUGCAUCGGCUUGUUGCAGGACCUCCAUCUCUGCCGCAAAGGAGGCUGGAAUUGGCCAAGGCAUCCCACUGCUACUAAGAGGGAACUGGGACGGGUGCUGACAGUGUGGACACAAAUGUCUUGUUUCCUCUGAAAACCGACCUCAGUAGAGGGAUGGAAAGGCUUUAAUUUAAGCAUUUCUACAGAAACCACUGAAAUUCUAAGAUUUUGUAAAUCUUUGAGACUGGGGAAGAGGAGAAAAUGCUAACAUCCUGCCAUUUAAAAAAUGGAUUUUCCUUUGUCUCAUUCAAACGCCUUUUACAAUUCAUACUUUCAACAAAAUUUCAGGCAAGGAAAAGACAAACCAAGUCCUACUGUGCUACCAUUGUAAUCCCAAAUGAACUAACUCACUGCAGCCAAGGGAACAAGAAAAAACAUUUUUUAUGUCAACAUGUCAACAGAUGGCUUGUUGGAAGCAUUAAUUGUUAGGAAAUGCUUUUGUGAAAUACAGGAAACCUCUAAAUCAGCUACUGAAUAACUCAAAGUUCAGGGAAAGAAAUUCAAGCCCCACACCAGUGAAGCACUUGAGGAUGGAGAGAGCUGCUGCUGGCUUCUGCAACUAAGAUAAGGGAUGACCUCUAAGGAUGCUUCAGGUGAAGUUAAUAGUAACUGGAGAUGACUUUGGCUAUUGUCCUCGGAGAAACCAAGGCAUCGUGGACUGUUUCCUGGCUGGUGCAGUAUCUAAUGUGUCCCUUCUAGUCAACGGAAGUGCUGCAGCAGAUGCAGCCAAGCUGGCAAGGAGACACAACAUCCCAAUAGGCCUACAUGCCAACCUCUCUGAGGGCUCUCCUGUCUGUGAGGUACUCAAGAAAAACUCUUCUCUGCUCAACCAAGACGGAUUCUUCCAUGGGAAAAUGGGAUUCAGAACAGCUCUAUCAAAAGGUCUCCUGAACAUGUCAGAGGUGAAGCAGGAGCUAAAGGCCCAGGUGGAGCUGUUCCAUGAACUGACAGGUCACCUACCUCCUCACAUGGAUGGGCACCAGCAUAUCCAUGUCCUCCCAGAGGUCAGGCAUGUAUUUGCAGAGGUGUUAGAGGAAUAUGGGAUUAAGUACACACGUGUCCCGAUAGAGCCAGGCCUUCAAAACUGUGACUGGAUUCCACCAUCCCUGAUGGACUUUUAUCUGGGAGUAGAAGAAGAUUCUUUUAACACAGUGGAUGUGUUUACAAGGCAUGGAAUAAGGUGGCCAGACAUUUACAUUGGUUUAAGCACCAUGGGCAAGAACAUGUCUGUCAGUAACAUCUGGAGCGCCAUCGACACAGCCAUCGUGGAGUUCACAUCCAAGGCUCCCUGGCCCGCACACCCGACACCACAGAGCAGGACUGUAACGAUUGAACUGAUGGUGCAUCCCGGGUACCCCAGUGUCCCACCUGUCGGCGGCUGCGGGGAAGGACCCGAUGAUUUCUCACAGUCCUGGGAGCGCCUCCAUGAACUCCAGACGUUAAUUAAGCCAGAGCUGCAGAGCCAUUACAAAACCAGGAACAUUCAGCUCUGUUCAUUCAAAGAUCUUUAAGUAGGCAAAUACACAUACAUACAUUUAUUUACGCUCUGAAGACAGGCAGUUGCUAACGUCCUGAGCAGCCAGACCACCGUUAUCAGUGUAAUACCUGUAAUACCUCCUGGUACAACUGAUGGGAGCUGGGAAGAGGAACACCCUGCGAGCAGCUACAGGCUGUACCCCAGAGCCACAACUGGCAGCUUUUAGGCCUCACCAUCUCCUCUGACCAUGACAAACCUCUUCCUGCGUCACCCACUUGCACACUGUUCCAGUGCAGCACAGCGGCCAAGGCAGAGCCCGCCUCCCAGGGCUCAGCUCCUGCCAACGCAACGGCGAGCAGCACACAGAUGUGCUUUGCUAUGAGACCCAGCAGCACACUAGCACCCUGGUGGUUCCAAUCAUUUGGCUUUUUGGACUUACCUGCAAAAAAAGAAACAUGCUGGGGAGCAAGUGCUGCUUCGGAGCAGCUGCUGGGUGUAGGUUGCCCACGGGAGGCCUGGCAACCUCCAGCGUAUGGUUUUCUUUAAAGCAGUCAUGGUCCCUUCCCCUCCACACAUACCUGCGCAGCGCCGCGAGGGGAGCGCAGGGGAAUGCCACCUUCGGAGCGGGGCUCUGCUCAGAGCAGCUGGAUCACAGGUUUAGCACAGUGGUGUCUGCAGCCAUAAUCCACGCGCAGCCUCAGCCAGCAGUAAUUACGGCUUUUCCUAUUUAUGUUGCCCAUUGGCAUUUAAGCCACCAUAGGAAAGUAACAUCAGCUACAGCCCCUUCAGAGAGGCUUUUCUAUUUUAUUUUUUUUUGGAUGACUUUGCAAGAACAGCAACUGUUGACCCAGCUGCUAUUUCAGUAACUGCUGCAUGUGAGAGCUCACCAGCAACUGUUCCUGCUCUGCCCACCGCCUCUCAGCAGGAAUGCGUGGGAUGGCUGCGUACCAACUGCAAGCGAGUUUUCAAGUGGAGAAGAUCCUUGUGUUUGGCCAUUUUUACUCCUGUCAUUAAAGCAUUCGAACUUCAACAAGCCGUAAUAAUACUGAUAAAUUUCACUGCAGCUCUGUCACUCACAACUUUCAAAUGGGAGCAAAAUAUUUGAGAUUGUUUAUGCUCAUUUUCUGCACAAAAGUGAUCUAUUUAUCAUAAUCAUUUUUGGUUAACCAUUUUUUUUAAUAUUAACAGUUUCAGUAUGAUCAACAUUCUUUUAAGUGAAAAAUAAACUCAGGCCUUUUUCUAC